AUGCAUUGUUUCCCUGUUGCAGCCUUGGGAUCCCUGUGUGUGCUGCUUGCAGAUGGAUUUCAAGUGUCUGAGGAUGGAUCUCCACACAUUAUUGGGGCAGAGCGAGUCCAAAUCAAAGCUAAUCCAGGUGAGCCGCUGAUUCUUCACUGUGAUGCAUUUACAAAUAAUAAAGAUGGAGUGACGCUCAUCUACUGGCUCAUCAAUGGCUCUUUUCCUGAAGAGAGAUCCAGCAGUGACAGAAUAGUAGAAUUAGAACAAUCAACGUUGGAGGACGGUACAAUCCUCCAGAGGAGAUUGCUGUUGAAGAACGUCACACCAGAGGACCUCAAAUUCACCUUCACCUGUGUGGUGAUGAGUGCUGGUGGAAUGGCCCAGAAGCAAAUAAAGCUAAGAAGGAUACGAAAGAAAGGAAAACACUGAAUGUUAGUAAUGUGACACUAAUGGAUUUGUCUUCAUUUAUUAACAACUUAAUCUGUGAAUUUAAUAUUAGAUGUUACACAGUUUGGUGAGAGCCAGUACAGACCAAACAGCAACUGAAGUAUUUUAUAACCAUUUUUAUUUUACACAGAACAUUUAAAUGUGGAACUGGAUGAACUUUUUUUACAGCUGUAGUAAAGCAGUGCUAUAAUGUAUCUGCAGAAUAUAUAGAGAAUAUUCUAUCACUUUUAUUUGCUAUGGUUGUGAAUCAUUCCUGUGUCUGCUUGCAUUUAGCCCUCUUUAAUAUGUGUACCAUUGAAGCAUUUGAAAAUACAUGCUGUCCUUUCACUCACAAACUAUUGUUCAGUGCUAAAUCCACCCUGAGGUUGUUUUCCUAUAGAUUUAUUAUUACCUGUACCAUUUAUUUGUGACAGACAUGUUGUGUCUGUCUGAACAGGUGUCACUCUCUCUACCACAACUCUACCAGUCUCUGUGCAAGUAGACUGAACAGUGUGGUAGGGAUGUGAGAUACACGGUUUAGAGUAAAGUAAGUUUUAGUUGUGUAAUGUAUGCAAUGACAGAACUGCAGCUCUUUAAUGUGUCGACUGCAGUAACUGAUAAGCAGAUUCCGUUUUCACACAUUCGCCACACAGCUAAUAGUUAUAUAUUCUAUAUUCCUAUAAUACCCUAAUAGUGCAGUAAUUUAAAAUCUGGUGUAUUCCCAGACACCCCCUGCUUGUAAAUUAUAUACUAAACAUAAACAGUGUCUAAUGAAUGAUCUUGGUAUCUAUAUAAAGGUAACUUCCUGCUGAGGUGUAAGCUUAAGUACAGAUGUUACUAGGUUGGAUUAAAUGAAGAUGGAACACAAUGUAAAUGAAAGAUGUCAUGUCCGCCUAAAAACAAGAAAUUAUAGAGUCAU